CCUGCCAGUUUUGCACUCCACAUUCAGUGGUACAAUCUAUUGUGAUGGUAUUAAGCAACCAUGUGACCCUCUUUACAAUCAACCACAAUAAUCUCACCCCAUAGCCUUCUAUUCACAAUGAAUCAGGAUGCAGACAAGUGUGACAAAGGGGAGACUCAGCAGAGUCCUUAAUCACUUUCCUGACUGGAGAGGGAGACUACAGCGUGGGGAGGGGGGGGGAAACACUCAACCAACACAUUAUUAAUGGUUUGAUUUGAAGCAACAGUCCAUUAAUUUAAUAUGCAGAAAGUAAUCAGUUUCUGCUGAACUGUUUCUUCUUGGGUGACUCAUUUUAAUGGUGGGUGUGUAAACUUUUCUCAAAUGUAUUUUCUGACCAAUCAUCCUCAAGGCCUUCAGAGGUGACAAGGAGAAAACAAAGAAAACAAAGAGCCUGAAGACUGAAACUUUGUUAAACUUUUGACCUGAAAGUUUGGUGAGUUCUCUAUCUGGACCAGAUGAUUGUGGAUUUAUUUUUUGUCCCUAGGUUUCCAAGACUUUAGUGAUUUAUCGGUGUAAAUGUCUUCAUUAAAGUUCCAGCACUAGUGCUUCAUUGCUGGAAAUAAUACAUGAAGGAGAGAAAUGGACUGUUUAUCCUUUUCCUCUGAGAAGCUGUGCUCUUCAGAAUUAUUUGAUUCUACCGAUGUGGAGGAGAUGGAAGAGGAAAGGAUAGGGAGAUGUGCAGAAGAUUUAGAGAUUAAUCCUUUUGACAGAUUGCCAUUCUCUUCCCGUUAUUACAAGUUUCUCAAAGAAAGAGAGGAACUUCCUAUCUGGCAAAUGAAAUAUGCUUUCAUGGAAAGUCUGCAUCAUCAUCAGAUUGUGAUUGUUUCAGGAGAUGCCAAAACAGGCAAGAGCUCCCAGGUACCUCAGUGGUGUGCUGAAUAUUCUCUUGCUGCCCAUUUUCAACAUGGAGCAAUUGUUUGUACACAAACGUGUAAGCAUGCCGCGGUGUGUUUGGCACUGAGAGUUGCUGAUGAAAUGGAUGUCAAUAUUGGCCAUGAAGUGGGUUAUGUGGUUCCUUACGAUAAUUGCUGUAACAAUGAAACAAUCUUGAGGUUCAGUACAGAUGACAUGCUUCAAAGAGAAGUUAUGUCCAGUCCCCUUCUGAGCAGUUAUGGAAUCAUCAUCAUAGAUUGUGUGCUUGAAAGGACUGUCCCCACAGAUAUAUUGCUUGGACUCCUUAAAGAUGUCUUGAUAUUGAGGCCAGAGCUGAAGCUAAUUGUAAUCACAUCUCUUCAGUUGUCCAGCAAACUGCAGGCAUAUUAUGGCAGUGUGCCUCUCAUAAGAGUGGGAAGCCAAUACCAGACAGAAGUUGCAUAUACCUCUGGCAUUCAAAAAGAUUAUUUCUUGUCUGCUUUAAGGCUGCUUUUUGAAAUUCAUAACUCCAAAAGGAGAGGUGAUGUUGUGAUCUUUCUAGCCUGCAAACAAGAAAUAGGAAAUGCCUUCUGCAUUAUUCAGCAAGAGGGGCAUAAUUUAAAUCCUGAUCUUGGUGAAUUGGUCCCUGUUCCUUUGUUUCCCAAUGAACAAGAGAGAAUCCUCAAGUCAAAUGAAGAAAAACCUUGCAAAAAUUACAGAAGGAAAGUGCUGUUAACCACAAGUUUGGGGGAAUCUUUGGUAUCAUCCAAAACAGUGUCCUUUGUUAUAGAUAUUGGGAUACAGAGACGAAAGGUAUACAAUCCCAGAAUCAGAGCAGACACUGUUGUGAUACAGCCCAUUAGCAAAAGCCAAGCUGAGAUGCGUAAGCAGAUUCUGGGCAUGUCUUCAUCAGGAAAAUGUUUCUGCCUUUACCCUGAAGAAUUUAUGGAGAAGGAAAUGAAGUCACUUCCACCUGCCAAAAUAGAGGAAUCCAACCUGAUCAGCAUGGUUCUUUUUUUGAAAAGGAUGGAUAUCGCAGGCCUAGGCCACUUUGACUUCAUAGACAGACCAGAUCCUGAAAGUCUCAUGCAAGCUUUGGAAGAUCUGGAUUACUUGGCUGCCUUGGACAAUGAUGGAAACCUUUCUGAAUUUGGAAUAAUAAUGUCUGAGUUUCCUGUGGAUCCACAGCUGUCAAAGUCUAUUUUAGCUUCGUGUGAAUUUGAUUGCGUAGAGGAAAUGCUAACUAUUGCUGCCAUGGUAACAGCUCCUGGUUGCUUUGUAAACCCACCACAGGGAACAGAGGAGAUUGCAGUAACUUGCCGGCAAAAAUUCUUGCAUCCUGCAGGAGAUCAUUUCACUCUUAUCAAUGUAUACAAGGCUUACAAGGAAGCUAGUACAAAUGCCAUAAGCCAAUACUACGAUAUUGAAAAGUGGUGUCAAGAUUAUUUUCUGAACUGCUCUGCAUUAAGGAUAGCGGAAGCUAUCAGAAAUGAAUUGGUUGACAUUAUGAGACGAAUCGAAUUGCCAAUUUCAGCUCCUGCUUUUGGAUUAAACGAAAAUGUGCUGGGGAUAAAGCAAGCUCUUUUAUCUGGUUACUUUAUGCAAAUUGCUCGUGAUGUGGAUGGCUCUGGAAACUACCUGAUGCUGGCACGAAAGCAAGUAGCUCAGCUUCACCCUUUGUCAAUCUAUUACAACAGCAGCAGAAUCCCAGAGUGGGUUGUAUUCCAUGAAUUUAGUAUCGCUGAAAACAAUUCUAUAAAAAUAAUCUCCGCAAUAUCACCUGACCUGUGAGUAAAAGAAAGCAGGGAUUUAUUUUUCUGUUGUAGAACUAUAGU